GGUCGCUCGUUUUAUAUUUUGGCAUCUCCCGUAUGUCUCCCACAUCUAGGUUUCUAGGUUUAGGCAGGAACCCCGCCCAAUCGGUAUACUCCUUACAGUGUUUCAAACACACAUCUGUUUGAAAGAUUCGGCGCGUGAUGAUGACAACAUAGAUGUCAGUUGUGGCUUUUUUUCCAAGCUAACAUGCUUCUGUAAAGGCUGUAAACUUGAGAUUAUGGCUAUGAACCACCUGAGUCUGCUGCGACCUCUGCUGUGUCAGUCCCUGUUGCGACAGGUCAGGUCUCCCCUCGUGGCCACCUCCAGGGUCAAUGCACCACUUCUGUACCCCAACACCACCUUCUACCCCUCUGCAUGCACCAGGCUCUAUGCCAGCAAAAAGGCGAAAGCCAAGGCAAAGGGCCAGUCAGCUAAGGGCCAGUCGGCUAAGGUGAAUAUUAAUGCAGAUCUGGUGGAAGACAUCAUCAGUCUGGAUGAAGUGAACAAGGACAUGACAGCUGUUCUCAAUGCACUCAAAGAGGACUUCACACGCAACCUCAGCAUCAGAACCUCGCCAGGAGCUCUGGAUCACAUUGUGGUGACGACACAAGAUGGGAAGUUCCCUCUCAACCAUCUGGGACAGGUCUCCAUGAAAUCCCCUCAGCUCAUUAUGGUCAACAUGAGCAGCUUCCCAGAGGCUACAGCGGCUGCCACCCGUGCCCUGAGAGAGAGUAGCAUGAACCUUAACCCAGAGGUGGACGGGACGAUCAUCAAGGUGCCCGUUCCCAAAGUAACGAGGGAACACAGAGAGAACCUUGCCAAGCUGGCAAAACAGCUCGGCAACAAGGCAAAAGACUCACUGAGGAAAGUGCGAGCUAAUGCUGUCACAAAGGUCAAAACUGUGAAGGAAGGACACUCGGAGGACACCAUACGACUUGUGGAAAAGCAGAUUCAGCAGAUGGCCGACAACAUUGUACACAACAUUGACACACAGCUUGCAGCCAAGACCAAGGAGCUGUUAGGCUGACCGUGAGGAUUAAAAGGUCUUAUUUGAGUUAUUUUCAUUCUAGCUGAACCUACAAAUGGACACACACAACAGGGGCAACAUGUCAUUCCUAUCAGGUUUAUAAUAGACAGUGAGGCACGAGAGGUAUUUCUUGAAUCCCGUUCUCACAGUCUAAAAGCUCAGCACAGACGAACACGUCUCCGUCCUGUUGUUGAUGUUUUGGCAGAAACGGGGCUUUGGUUCAAGCCCACAUCACUGGCAAAGAUCUGCUCUUCGCUGCUGGGUGAUAUCUGUGUUUAACCGUCGGUGCGUAAACAGAAAUUGGCGGGGAAACAACAACGACAGACUGCCAGUCACCUCCCUCCUCCCUUGUUACUCUUCCUGUCUUCAAACAAACACCGACGAGGGACGAAUGGACUUUUAAUGGGAUUUGUGGGCCUCCUCCUAAUCAAACUCCUUGCCACAAGGGCUGUCUGUUUAUAUAAAACAAGCGCACCCGUCUGAAUGUAAACUGGCUGCGGGUUUGUCUUGGUGGCAAGAGCGAGAGAGAGAAAGGGAGAGAGGGUUGCUUCCAGAGACGCAGGAUAUGAUUAGCGUGUUGCCAAACAUUUGUUUCACAUUGAUUCAAAGUCUGUUAAAAAAAUAAACUUGAAAAAAAAUAAACUUCAA